UCAGGACCAAGGUGUCAACAGUUUAAAACAAUAUCAUAAGAAUCGUGAUCCGUUAUAAAGUGUCAGUCAUUCUCCAAACAUUACACGCUGUGGCUUGGUGUGCGACAAGAAGCCCGCUCCUGCCACCGUGUCCCUUGAGUUGGGACUGGCCUAGGAGGAGAGGACAGGAGGAAGAUGCCGGUGCUGCUCUGGGAAGGCUGGAGACCUGCGGUGGGGAGUUGGCUCCGGUCCCUGUGGCCGGAACCGGGGCUGGAGCUGGGUCCGGGGCCGCGAGUCUACGAGAUGCACGUCGUUCAGCAGAGGAGGAUCAGCAAAUCACCUCUGCUUUCUGCUGCCAAGGAAAAUAAGGAUAAGGAUAUUUAUAAACUUGCUCAGUGUACAUCUGUUGACCUUUUUGAAACAGGUACAAUGGGGGAGACAGCUUUGCACAUCGCAGCCAUGCACGAUAACAACAAUGCAGUGAUGGCACUCCUUCAGGUGGCUCCUGAGCUCAUCAACAUUUCCAUCACGGGCAAGGUGUAUGAAGGAUUGACAGCCCUGCACAUUGCCGUGGCAAAUGAGAAUGCGAGUCUAGUUAAAGAACUGAUCAGCCGAGGAGCGGAUGUGGCCACAUCUCGGGCGACUGGAACCUUCUUCAGGCACAGUAGAGGGAGCAUCGCGUACUAUGGAGAGCACCUAUUAUCCUUUGCCGCUUGUGUUGGAAACAAAGAGAUAGUCCGAAUUUUUAUUGAAAAUGGAGCGGACAUUGCAGCACAAGAUUGCUUAGGUAAUACUGUCCUACAUGUUCUGGUGCUGCAGCCAAACAGUGUCCUUGUCCCACAAAUGUACGAUUUAAUUCUGUCUUAUGAUGACCCUGAGAAUGAGAUUCCAGUUGACAUGAUCAUCAACAAGAAUGGCCUGUCUCCCAUCAAGCUCUCUGCAUCUGAAGGAAACAUUCAGAUGUUCCAGCACCUGUUGAUGAGGAAGGAGCUGGAUGCCCCGAGGACCUAUGGUCCUCUGUGCACCAUGUACUACAACCUCUCCGAGAUCGACUCGUGGGGCGAUGACAACUCAGUGUUGCAGCUGGUGAUCUCUAGUGAAAACAAGGAGGCACUGAAGAUUUUCCGCCUUUCCCCAAUGAAAGAACUCAUUCUCUUGAAGUGGAAUAACUAUGCAAUAUAUUAUUUCCGGAUCUUGGCUUUCCUCUACCUUAUUUACAUCACCAUCUUCACAUUCUGCUGCACUUAUCGGCCACUUAAACCAAGACCUGACAAUGCAACCAGUGAGAAGGACUCCACAAUAUACAUUGAGAGAACAUUACAGGAAAGCUACGUGACCAGUGAAGACCACUUGCGAUUGUUGGGCGAGAUUAUCAGCAUAUUUGGAGCAGUUGCCAUCCUGUUUGUGGAGGUUCAUGAUAUAUUGAGAUAUGGACCGAAGAAAUACUUUGGAAGGACGGCGCUAGGUGGGCCUUUUCACGUCAUCAAUAUCUGCUACGGCGUUAUGGUCUUGACUGUGCUGGUGCUGCGACUGGCGUCCCUGCCUGGUGAGACGGUUCCCAUGUCCUUGGCCCUCAUCCUUGCCUGGUGUAACCUGAUGUACUUUGCCCGAGGCUUCCGGUUGAUGGGACCAUUCACCAUUAUGAUCCAAAAGAUAAUAUUUGAGAUUAUACUGCCAUUCCUGGUGCUGAUGCUGAUUGUGCUCUUGGCUUUCACAUUCAGUACCCACUUGUCAUUCCAAGUCUUGGAUCCUGAAAAGUGGGAACGCUUCGUGGAUUUCAGCACAGUUCUGUUCACCAUGUACCUCCUCUUUUUUGGUCUGGUCAACAUGCCACUCAAUUGGGAAGUGAAUCAGCCCGACAUGGCACGGCUCCUGUACGCCAUCUACACCCUGCUUGCUUUUGCCAUCAUGGUUUUCCUUGUUAUCCACAUAAUGGGAGAACUGAUUCGACGGAUCGCAAAGGAGCGUGAGGACAUUUGGAGAGCACAGGUUGUCGCAACAGUUCUCCUUCUUGAGCGCCGACUUCCAAGCUGCUUGUUUCCUCCUUUGGGAAUUUGCGGAAAAAAGUAUGGACUUGGAGACAACUGGUAUAUUCGGGUGGAUUUCAGGAUUGAUAACACUGUCUUGGAGAUCCCUCCUAAAGACAAAAGUGUGGAGACAAAAGGACAGGAGAAAAGGAUGGAGAAAGAAGAGACAUCAGUCAAAAGCGAAAGCAAGCAGAGGACUCACCAGACAUGCCACAUGGUGAGGAAGAGAAGGAUACGCCAGAACCCUGGUGACCUGUACAAUAUGAGCUAUGAUGAGGCCUGAAUUAUUAUGUCCCCAGGACAUUUAAUAAAUAGUUUUCUACUUGUUUUUCUUCCAUUCUGUAUCAUCCUAGUCUCCAGCCAACUGGUUGGUGGCCUAAUUUUACUUUAAUGUUUCACUUUAGAGAUAUAACGUGGAAACAUGCCCUUCAGGCGCACCGAGUCCGCACUGACCAGUGAUCUCCGCACAUUAACACUAUCCUACACACUAGGGACAAUAUACACAUACACCAAGCCAAUUAACCUACAUACCUGUACGUCUUUGGAGUGCGGGAGGAAACCGAAGAUCUCGGAGAAAACUGACGCGGUCACGGGGAGAACGUACAAACUCCGUGCGUACAGCACCCAUAGUCGGGAUCUAACUCAGGUCUCCAGCGCUGCAAGCGCUGUAAGGCGGCAACUGUACAGCUGCACCACCGUGCCGCAAAACAUUGGUGGUGAUGCUUACAUGGAAUAUUUGGGUCAAGCUGAGUGGCUGAAGAUACUUUUCAUUAGGUUUGGGUUUGGGUCAGUGGCUGAAGAUACUUUUCAUUAGGUUUAAUUUGUAAGCUUCUAAGCAAUUCCUUUUUAUGGCUUUGUAUUCCAUGACUACCCAUACUGUAGCAGUCAAUAAGAGUGGCCAUCUCAAUUGUAUUAAAUGUCAGGUCCCAAAAAAUGCAGAUGCAAAGGAAAACUUCUUCAAAGUGGCCUUGUCUUGAAUAUUCUUCACAGUGGGGCAGUAAAACAGAGUUGAAGGGUCCCUAUCUGAAACAACAACUGUCCAUUUUCCGUCACAGAAGCUACCCGAUCCCUUAAGACCCUCCAGCAGUUCAAUUUUUGUAUUACAUAUCCAUUUGUAUAGAGUCAAAUACCAUCCCACUAUGUAGACACAAGGAAUGGCGCAGAUGGCACCAAGUGCUGCAGCAACUCAACAGAUCAUGCAUCUUUGGAGAACAUGGAUAGGUGACGUUUUGGGUCAGGACCUUUCUUCAGAUUCCACAAUAUUGUCCAUGUCAGUGCCCAAGAAACAGGGCAGGUUGCACGUUGCAUCUGUUAACUACAAAAGCUGAUGAUGUUUGUAAAAUGAAAGCAACAAAUAUGGUUAAUUCUUUUUAUUGUCAAUGGAAAUGAGAAAUCAUUAUUUGCCUUCAAAUUGUAUUUUUGUGUCUGAAUGGGUGAUGCAUCUUGCCAAAUUGGAGAGUCACAAAAAACAAUAAAGAGAUUGAGGCAUCCAGGUCUCAUGAAA